ACAACACUUUACCAAGAGAACAGCUUUCUCUCUCAUGGCGGUGUCUGCUUCUUCAGCCUUUGAUUGUUUCUUUUCUUUUUUAUUUAUUUAUUAGUUUUAAAAUAAUAAUAAUAAUCUACUCUCCUAACUAAAAACCAUCAGUACAAGUUUCUGUUUUUAAGGAGUAAUCAAAUAUAUCUGAUUAGUCUGGUGAAGAAGAGGCGCAAAGGCUUCGUCUUUCAUCUUCGUUACGUCUCUGUGUAAUGCUCAAGCUGAUUAGGGUUUAUCAGAUAAAUUAAGAAAUGGCUUCGGAGCUUGUGAGCUCUGCAACCAGCGAGAAGCUUACUGAUGUGGAUUGGGGCAAAAACAUUGAGAUCUGUGAACUUGCUGCUCGAGAUGAAAGGCAUGCAAAAGAUGUUAUCAAAGCUAUCAAAAAACGCCUGGGGAGCAAGAACCCAAACACUCAAUUAUAUACUGUCCAGUUGCUGGAGAUGUUGAUGAACAAUAUUGGAGAGAAUAUUCAUAAGCAGGUUAUAGACAUAGGUGUACUCCCAAUACUUGUGAAGAUAGUAAAGAAAAAAUCGGAUUUGCCUGUAAGAGAGAGGAUAUUUCUCCUCCUUAAUGCAACUCAAACCUCUCUUGGUGGCGCUUCUGGGAAAUUCCCUCAGUAUUAUACAGCAUACAAUGAUUUAGUGCAAGCAGGAGUUCAAUUUCCUCAGAGACCUAGUUCCACCCCACCAGUUGUGGUCACUGCACAAGCGGUUCCAAGAAAUACGCUCAAUGAACAACUUGCAUCUGCUAGAAACGAGGGGACUGCUCCUCCUACUCAGCAACGAGAAUCUCCAGCUCCUUCUAGCAUCUUACAAAAAGCUAGUGCUGCAUUAGAAGUUUUGAAGGAAGUGCUUGACGCAGUUGAUGAUUCUCAUAAUCCUGAGGGAGCAAAAGAUGAGUUUACUCUUGAUCUUGUGGAGCAAUGCUCAUUUCAGAAAGAGCGUGUAAUGCACCUCGUCAUGACAUCUAGGGACGAAAGAGCAGUUUCUCAAGCAAUCGAAUUGAAUGAACAACUUCAGAGAAUUCUUAAUAGACAUGAAGACUUACUGUCUGGUAGAAUCACAGGGCCAGGCAGGUCUGCUGCAUCCAAUGGUUAUCAUUCCAAUCACGAACCUAGUCGUCCUGCCACAAACGGUUCUAAUGCAAAUACCAAAUCGAGCAGCUCUAUCUCUAAUCCAAACCAUCUUAAUCUUGAAGAUGAGGAUGAGGAAGAGGAGCCUGAGCAGUUAUUCAGAAGAUUGAGAAAAGGGAAAGCUAGAGCAAUGCCUGAGGAUGAAGAAAAGCCAUCACCUCCACAAGCCUUACUUGGAUCAGCAAUCCAUAGCGAAAAGCUAAACCGCCCACUCAUUCGUCCUUUACCAUCAGAGGAGUCAUCACGCGGUGGUGAUAGCCAUAGCCAUUCGCAGUCCCCGCCUGUUGUGAUACCACCACCACCUGCAAAACACAUUGAGAGGGAAAAGUUCUUCAAGGAGAAGAAAGUUGAUGGUGCCUCGGGUUUGCCAGGUCAUAUGAGAGGUCUUUCUUUGCAUAGCCGCGAUGGCAGCAGCUCACGCAGUGGAAGUGUAGACUUCAGUGACUGAAACACACCCAAAACUUCGGUCUCAUCCUAAAUAUAUAUGUAUUCUUUUACUCCUGCUCUCUUUAGGCUUUGUUAUUUUGUGUGUUGCUGUUGCUCUGUAUCUCUAGUGUUGUGAAAUUAGAAUAUAGGCCCCAUGAGAUCUGAUUAUGUAUACGAGUAAAGGUACCUCCUUUCACUUUGUUGAAACAUGAUCUAUGCUAUUCUA